AUGGCCUCAUCACAUAUAUCAAAUGAAAUUCCAGUUGAUUUACAGUCAGGCAUAGAUGCUGUGAAAUGGCCCGAAGACUCAAAGAAACCUUCAAAUCCUAGUAAUGUUCAUUUAUCAAUAGAUACAAAAGGUUUUUAUUUAACCUGCCGUGAUCAAAAUACAAAUGGAAUCGAAUGUUUUGAUAUCACAUUAAUUCAUGAUGUUCGUACAGGUUCACAGAAUUUACUUCCACGAGGUGCUGAACAAUGUAGAAAAGUUAAUAUAGGUACACUUGGUGAUCCACUUCUAUCAAAAUGGCUUACAAUUAAUUAUGGAGAUACAUUUGUUCCUUCGCCAUAUUUACGCACAAUUCAUUUUUCUUGUAAAUCACGAAAGAUUGCUGAAGAAUGGACUAAACAAUUAUUUUACUAUGGACAUAAUCAACGUUUAAGAAAUCUAUCUAGUUUAGAAUGCUUAGAAAAAUUUCAUUCGAAAAUUAUUAAUAGUUUAAUUAAUUUUGAUACACAAACAAUAUCUGUUCGAAAAUUAAUACAAUUUUUAUGUGACAAUUCUCGUGAUAAUAAUAAAGAAAACAAAAUUCGUCAAACAUUAGAAUAUUUAAAAUUACCAUAUGGAAUUGAUGCAACUAUUGAUAAAAAUCAAUUUACAUUUGAUAUAUUUUUUCGUUUCUAUAUGCGUUUGAUGGAUCGUCCAGAAACUGACGAUUUAUUUAAAUUUAUAGACAAAGAUCAUCACGGAUAUUUAAGUUUGGAAGAUAUGAAAGAAUUUAUUAAAAAACAAAAUGAUGCACCUAAUGAUCGUUCUGGGAGGAAUAAUUAUGAACAACAAGCAGAAGAUUUCAUUAAAAAAUAUACGCGACAUGAAGAUUCUUCCAAAGAGAUAGAUAAUUUACAAGGAAUGUAUUAUGAAUCAUUUCUUAAAUAUUUACUUAGUUUCGAUAAUUUAAUUAUUGAUCCAACAAAAUUAAAUCUUUUUAUGGAUAUGGAUAAACCUUUAGCACAUUAUUUUAUCUCAUCAUCACAUAAUACCUAUUUAGCAGGAUCUCAAUGGACUGGACGUGCUAGUAUUGAUAUGUAUCGAUAUGUAUUAUUAACUGGCUGUCGAUGUAUUGAAUUAGAUGUAGUCGAUGGUGAAUCAAAAAAUGAUGAACCUGAAAUAAAACAUAUAUAUACACCUGUUAAACCUGUACGUUUUAUUGAUGUUAUUGUAGCUAUUCGAGAAUAUGCUUUUAAAGUUACUCCAUAUCCAUUAAUACUUUCAAUUGAAAAUCAUUGUGGUCCUAAAGCACAAGCUAAAAUGGCUCAAUAUUUUGUUGAUAUAUUUGGUGCUCAACUCUUAACUGAACCACUUAAAAGUCAUCCAUGUGAUGGACAUUAUCCAUUACCAAGUCCAAAUGAUCUUAAAUAUAAAAUUUUAAUUAAAAAUAAAAAACUUCAUCAACAUUCAUCAUCAAAAAUAAAUAAUCAAAAUACUCCAAUAAUACAUAAAGUUAUAACACCUAGUAAUAGUGAUCCAAGUACUGAUACAAGUACAGCUUCAUCAUCUUCUACACGAUCAUCAAAUGACUCAUUACGAUUAAAUCCUCGUAAUGGUAUUCUUUUAGAAGAUGAGAAUUUAUCUGAUGAAGAAAGAAUAAUGAAUGAACUCGAUCCAACUAAUGAGCCAAUACCUGAAUCAAAAGCAACAAAAGCAAUGUCUGAUCUUGUUCAUUAUACAGUUCCUGUACGUUUUGCAACAUUUGUACGAGCACAAGAACUGAAUAGAAGUUAUGAAAUGUCCUCAUUUUCUGAGGAUAAAGGUCAAAAUGCAAUUCGUGAUUAUGCAAAUGAUUUUCUUAUCUAUAAUCAACGACAAUUAAGUCGAAUAUAUCCACGUGGUACUCGUUUUGAUUCAAGUAAUUAUAAUCCAUAUAUAUUUUGGCCAAUUGGAUGUCAAAUGGUUGCAUUAAAUUAUCAAACAUUAGAUAUUCCAAUGCAACUUAAUUUAGGUUUAUUUUCAUUUAAUGAUGCUUGUGGUUAUAUAGAAAAGCCAUCAGUAUUAUGUGAUCCACGACAAUUAUUUGAUCCAAGAAUUCGAAAAAAUAUUGAAAAUGUUGUUAGUUGUGAAGUUCAUAUAAAAGUUUUAUCUGGUCAAUUUUUUUGUCAAAGUCGUGAACCAGCAUAUGUUGAUAUUCAUAUGUAUGGAAUGUAUGGUGAUACAAGUAAACGACAUGAACGUCGUAUACUUGUUAAACAAUGGAAUGGUUUUCAAGCUAUUUAUGGUAAUACAAAUCUUAAUUCGAAUGCAUUAACUACUAAAUUUUUAAAUAUUAUUUUACCUGAAAUGGCUUCACUUCGUUUUGCUGUUUCGGCAGAUGAUGGAACAUUUAUUGGACAAUGUUUUAUACCUGUUGCUUAUUUACGUCCUGGUUAUCAUCAUAUUCCAUUACGAAAUAAAAUAAAUAUUCUUACUUGUACAUCAAGUUUAUUUAUAUUUAUUGAGAAGAAGAUUUAUGUUAAUGAUAAAGAUCAAGAAUUUGUUAAUCGUCUUAUUAAUCCAUUACAAAGUCAAUCUCAUAAUUUAAAUACUGAAGAUAAUGAUCAAGAUAUUAUUUCUUUAAAUCGUGUUACACAAUCUCAUAAUUCUAUAAUAAAGGAAUUAGAAGAAAAUAUUAGACCAACAAAUCCAUCUAUGUUAUUCGAUAAAACAAAUUGGUAUCAAACACAUGCAAUUGCUGGAAGUGCUUUCCAUAAUAGAAAUUGUUUUUGUAGAAUACGUUCUGUGAAUGAUAUCAAACCAGAAGAAGUUCUCGAACGAAAUCGAAUGAUUGAAAGCAAAUUACAACAGAUUUCAAUUGAUUAUCAAAAGGAUCUUGAUCAAUCUAAACAAGCUUUAAUUCAUCUUUAUACAAAAAAAUUUCAGAAACAACAAUAUUUAGAAUAUGAACUUAUAACACAAUAUUAUAAUGAAUUCGAAACAAAAAUUCAAAAGGAUUUUAAGGCACAAUUAUCUAACAUUGGUAUCACUCUUGAAAAUGAAAAAUCUUUAGUUGAAGAUAGUGCUAAAUCGCAAAUAAAACAAGAAGCAAAUCAAAUAAACCAAGCUGAAACAAAUAAAAAUCGAAUUUCUCUAUUAACAGAUAGAAGUUUGCAAACGAAUGCACAAAUUGUUAGAUCAACUAUGAACACGUUAGAGAAAAUGUCUGAACAAGUAAAAGAAGUACUUCAAAUAAAUUUACGCAUCAGUCUCCAUCAACUUGAAGAAAGAAAACGCAUGGAAAUAGAAAAAUGUCUUGAGAAGUAUUCGAGUCAGUUUAAUGACUUAGAAAAUCGAUUACAACGUCUUAUACAUAAUGAUGAAUAUAAUAUUUCACAAAACAAUUCACCAUUAUUAUAUGAUACAAGAAUGACAAGUGCUUCGUUAUCCAAUGUUUAUCCUUAUUCUCCAUCAGAAAAUCUUACAACAAGUCAACUACAAAGACGACAAACAACGGAUUGA